AUGGUUGAAGAAGAUGAGAUGGAGGGUGAUUUAGCAAAGGAGCAGUCAGGGACACAGAUCACAGGUUCUGAUGGGAACUCCAGCAUGGUCCUGGAGCAUUCUCCUAUUCAGUGCAAACCUUCAGGGAUCCAUACUGCUGCUCCUGUGGCUUUGCCCAUCCCCACAGAGCCUGAGCAAUCUCCUUGGCCAAGCAAAGUUAGAUAUUACAGGGGGACUAGAAUCCUUGGGGUGGAAAUGAAUGGUGGCUACGGCCACUGUCACCUGACCCCGGAGAAGAAGAGCCUGCUGGGCAUAGAGAUGACAGACAGCACGGUCCCCGUCUGCCGGCAGAGUCUCUUCAUCCAUGCGGCCAACCCUGGGCCCCGCGACCACCCAAUGCCCUGUGAACGACGCCUCCACGUCGGGCAGGCCAACCUGACUCACUCAGACAACAGACUACAUCAGGGUGUGAAUUUCAGGUUGGGUCACCGCCAUUUUAGCAAGGACAUUGGUAAGCUGGCAGAGAUCCAGAUGAGGGCCACCAAGACAGUGAGGAUGAGGUUGGGGGACUACCAUUUUAGCAGGGACAUUGGUAAGCUGGUGGGGAUCCUGAUGAGGGCCACCAAGACAGUGAGGAUGAGGUUAGGGGACUGCCAUUUUAGCAAGGAUAUUGUCAAGCUGGCAGGGGUCCAGAUGAGGGCCACCAAGACAGUGAGGAUGAGGUUGGGGCACCGCUAUUUUAGCGAGGACAUUGGUCCUCUCUCCUCUGUGGGUUUUCCUGACCCUGCUGUCUUCUGGUUCACCAUCAACUUGUCGGACCAGACCAGACCCCUUGGCGUCUUUGCUGGGGGUUCCCCAGAGUUCUGUCUGGGCUGUCUUCCUUUUGGUGAGCUGUGGCCCAGCGUUGCUAGCGCUUUCCUGUUGAGAUUGCCUUCCGUUCACACUACAGAGAUCCUGUAUACACCCAUCCGAAUGUGUCCCCGGUUCCAGGACCCUUCCUGCAUGAAUGGAGGAAGCCACCCCCCUCAACAGAUCAAGCAGGAGUGUGUGAGCAACUACAAGGCUGGGUCCGACCUUUCUGCUCCUCGGAGGUUUGCUGAGGCCUGCCCUCCCGGGCUACACUCUGACCUUGACCUCAUGAGCAGCAGCCCCUUUACCAACCCCUCCCCAUCCUACCUGCUGAGCAGCGAGCAUCAUGCUCUGGGCCCAGCCUCCUUGGGAAGUGGUGGGCUGCCACCACCACCCCCUCCUCCAGUCCGCUUCCCAGCGGGUGCCAUGAAGAGGUGCUGUUUCUCUCUCCUGCCGCCACCCUCUUCCUCCUCAGCCUCCUCUUCUCCACCCUUAUCCAUGGAGGGCCUUGACAUCACCACCAUCAUCCGAACCCCUCAGGCCUCCUUGGUGACCUGUGUCAGUGGCCUCCGACCCGGCCCUGUGGGCAUGCCUCCCAAUCCUGCACCGCAGCAUGGAGCGCCUAAGCCCCCCCGGCCCGUGGCCAGCCACCCCUGCAGCCUGCCCUCACCACCAGCAUGCCUCGUCCCACUCCCGGCUGAGCGGGAUCGAGGGGACCAUGACCUGCUGCCGAUGCAGCACCUGCGGCACCUAGAGGGUGAGGGGGCCGGCAUCCGGCUUUCUAUGAGCGGGGCCAUCCCCCAGCAGGAAGCCUCCCACGGGGGCAUCGGGGGCCCCAGCCACAAGGUGGGCUUCCUGAAACAGGAGCCAGCCGAUGACUAUUCCUCCAACCCAGAGCUGUAUCCUCCUGCCCAUCCGCCCCCUCAUCACCAGGGCCUGCCACCCCCCUAUCACCUGCAUCAGCAACUGGGGCUCCACCUCCCCGGCUCCCCCAAGGCUCUGCCCCCCAGCGACGGAGAAGAGCUGGAGCUGGGUGGUGGGCGGCAGGUGUGUCGCUGGAUUGACUGUGAUGCUGCCUAUGACCAGCAAGAGGAGCUGGUACGUCACAUCGAGAAGACCCAUAUUGACCAACGCAAGGGCGAAGACUUCACCUGCUUCUGGGCGGGCUGCGUGCGGCGCUACAAACCCUUCAACGCCCGCUAUAAGCUGCUGAUUCACAUGCGGGUCCACUCUGGGGAGAAGCCCAACAAGUGCAUGUUUGAAGGAUGCAGCAAGGCCUUCUCUCGGCUGGAGAACCUGAAGAUUCACCUCCGGAGCCACACAGGGGAGAAACCCUACCUGUGCCAGCAUCCCGGCUGCCAGAAAGCUUUCAGUAACUCCAGCGACCGGGCAAAGCACCAGCGCACUCACCUGGACACGAAACCAUAUGCUUGCCAGAUCCCUGGCUGCUCCAAGCGCUACACGGACCCGAGCUCCCUCCGCAAGCACGUGAAAGCCCACUCUGCCAAGGAGCAGCAGGUACGAAAAAAGCUGCACGUGUGCACAGAGGUCGAGCCGGACGUCCUGAAUGAGUGCCUGGGCAUCCCACAGGUUCCCCCAACCUCCCAGCAUGGCCUGGAUGGGAAGUGUGGAAGACCUGUGGGCCAUGAGCUGCUCCCAGGCAUGUUCCCUGGCUCUGGUGCCUCUCAGAAUGGACUGACUUCCGGGAUCCUGCCCCCUCCUCAGGACGGCCCCUCCAGGCACCACCCACUGGACUCCUCAGCCAUGGCCAGCUCCCAGCACCACCUGUCCCCUCUGCCUGCAGCAGAGAGCACCAGGGAAGGGCUGGGAACUGGGCUCACUUCUAGCAUCCUCAGUCCGCUGAAAGCGCUCCUCCCACCCGCCCUUCUGCAGAAACACCCACUGCCACCUGCACAGACCCACCCCCCUGGAGGGCAGCCCUUCCCACCACUUUCUAGCAAACCGUACCCACCGUUUCAGAACCCAGCAGCAGCACCCCCACUGCCCCCACAAGGCUACCAAGGCAGCUUCCAUUCCAUCCAGAACUGUUUCCACUAUGGUGACUGCUAUAGGGCGGUGGAGCCAGUUGAUGGCAGCAGUGGUGGUGGCGGGGAUGGCCUGGCAGGAGAGCCCCAUGGCUUUAAUCCUCUUCGAGCCAACGGCUAUCACACCCUCAGCGCCCCCUUGCCAGCCCAAGGCUACGACACCCUGCCUGACGGCCCAUGUGGACCCCAGGAAGCAGGCAGCACCAGCCCAGAUGAGAACGGCUUCUUCCCCAAUGGCUCGUUUGACCCCUGUUUGAAUUCCCUCCCCUCCAUCUACACCGACACCUAAGGCCCAGCCUGGCCCCAGCCAGGCCC